GACAUUUGGAAAGCACACUGUAUGCAGAAAAGAAAAUUGUCUUUUGAUUACUUGGAACGAGAGUCUCGACAUGGACUAUCUUCCAGGAACAGCGAGUCUGGUGAAGGAAAUUGAUAAAAAGCAGCUGGUUGUCCUGCGUGAUGGAAGAACACUUAUUGGAUACUUGCGAAGUAUAGACCAGUUCGCAAACCUGGUCCUCCAUCGAACCAUAGAGCGGAUUCAUGUUGGGAAGAAGUAUGGCGAUAUUCCUAGAGGUGUCUUUCUUGUGCGAGGAGAGAAUGUUGUCCUACUGGGAGAAAUUAACCUGGCCACAGAGGAGAACCCUAGUCUGGAGCAGGUGUCCAUAGAAGAAAUACUGGAGAUACAAAGAGAGGAGCAGCUUGUCAAACAACAGGAUGAAGAAAGGAAGAAAAAGGCCUUGUUAGAGAGAGGUUUACAGCCUCAUACAGACGGGAUAACAGACGACUUCUUCUAGAUGGAUGCCAUGGUAAUAGGUCUGAUGGAGGACAGAGCAUUAGGUGGCCGGUGUGAAAGUGUCUUGUGAAAAAUGUACGUGACUGGAGAUCAUGACGAUGUGGUUGAUUAGAAAGGCAACUGUAGUUACAUUAAGCAAAUGUUGGCCAAUGUGAAAGUGUCUUGUGAAAAAUGUACGUGACUGGAGAUCGUGACAAUGUGGUUGAUUAGAAAGGCAACUGUAGUUACAUUAAGCAAAUGUUGGCCAAUGUGAAAGUGACUUGUGAAAAAUGUACGUGACUGGAGAUCAUGGCGAUGUGGUUGAUUAGAAAGGCAACUGUAGUUACAUUAAGCAAAUGUUGGCCAAUGUGAAAGUGACUUGUGAAUUUGUUUCGCAGCUUGAGGAAAGGACUUGUUUAGGAGAAAUCUACAGCCAUUGGCCAUUGUGGAGGUGACUUCUGAUACAUAUCCAUAGCUGGUUUAUUCGAAAUCCCUGGAUCUGUACCUAGAUUUUGCAUCUAUUGGCCAGUGUGAAGGUGAUUUAUGAAUAUGUUCUGUGCCUGGUGGAUGGGACUGGUGAGAGAGAUCUACAGCCAUUGGCCAGUAUGAAGAUGACUUGUUAUGGAGAUCCUCACCUGGAAAAUAUGAGGAUAUCAUGGAUUGGAAAGGGAACUGUAGCUACAUCGUGCACUAGGAAAGCAGGAGAGAGAGACACCUGUAGCUGGAAAUUGUAAGGAUGGGUUGAUGGAAAAGCUGCAUCUGGACAGUCAGCGUAACUCGGAAGAUGGGUUUAUAGAGGAAGAACUGGAACCAGACAGUGUAACAAGGGUUUGGUCAAGAGAGAACUGCAGUGGAAGGACAGAGCUUAGGUCUGUAAUUGGAGGACUAAAAAUAAGGCUGAGAAUAUUACACCACCCUUCUUCCUGAAUAACUCCAGUUAUAUUAAUUUUUGUUAUCUUUUCUUUUACUAAGAUACUACAUGUAUUAUGUGAGAACACAAGCUCCUACCUGUGCAUAAUAUGACAGCCAAAAAACAAAGCCAGAAAUGGUGUAACAAGAUGGCUGUAUUGAGGUCAUGUUGAAAUAAUGUUUCAUGAUAUUUCUAAGGAGGAUUUGUAAGGAUCAGGGGUUGCUGGUACAAAGCAUUCGUAGGCUAUUAACUUUAUUGUGACUACCAUGGCAACGGUGUUAAAAACAUCUGUUGCCAUGGUGGUUAGUCAAGUUAGGCUACAAGCGUGUUACCGUUGCAAGCAGCCCCAGAAAGGUCCUCUGUAGUUUGUCAUAGUGUUCUGAGAAAUUUUAUUUAUGUAUUGUUCAUGAAAGGCCACUUUUUUGAUCCAUUUUUUCUGAAUGUUGGGCACAUAGGUGCGAGUAGACAAACAAAUCUGGCAGAAGACACAGCAAGAAUGAACUCCUAGAUCGGCUUUGUCAAGGUGAAGAUGAUUCCGAACAUUUCACUGUGAGUUUUGGCUGAGAUUGCCAGUAGUACAUUUAAGCGAUCAAAUUAGGGCCUCAUUUAUUAAGCGGCUCACUCUAGGCUUUCACUGGCCACGUAUGCUAAAGGCUUUUGCCUUAUGACCUUGACCAACAAGGCUGGCAGAUUUGAUCCAGCUCGCACAGGCCUGCAAACCAGGAGGCUUGGACGUCAGGUGCAGUUGGUUUGUGACCAGGAGGCUUGGACGUCAGGCCAGGCGCAGUUGGUUUGUGACCAGGAGGCUUGGACGUCAGGCCAGGCGCAGUUGGUUUGUGACCAGGAGGCCUGGACGUCAGGCCAGGCGCAGUUGGUUUGUGACCAGGAGGCUUGGACGUCAGGCCAGGCGCAGUUGGUUUGUGACCAGGAGGUUUGGACGUCAGGCCAGGCGCAGUUGGUAUGUGACCAGGAGGCUUGGACGUCAGGCCAGGUGCAGUUGGUUUGCGACCAGAUUCUUACACUCAGAAACCUGACCCACAUCACAGAAGUGACAUAUUCUUGAAUGGCAGUCAAAUAAGACUUGUCCCACAUUUUCCCACUUCACAGAUUGUACGUUUGACUACCAUUGCCAUCAUCAUUGUGAACAUUCCAUUGUCUUGGUAGUUGGAUGUGUAUUUUAACCUGUGCCAUUGUGAAAUGGGAUUCAUGGUCUUCGUGCAUACAUUUGCUUUAAAGUUUCCUUCAACUUCAAGAACAAGAUUUGGGGGCCUCCGUGGCUCAGUUGGUUAGCGCGCAGCGUAAUGACCCAGGAGUCUCUCACCAAUGCGGUGAGUUCAAGUCCAGCUCAUGUUGAGAAGGUCUGCCAGCAACCUGCGGAUGGUCGUGAGUUUCCCCCGGGCUCUGCCCGGUUUCCGCCCACUAUAAUGCUGGCCGCCGUCGUAAAAGUGAAAUAUUCUUGAGUACGGCGUAAAACACCAAUCAAAAAAAAAAAAAAAAAAAAGAACAAGAUUUAAAUAUCAUGACCUUAUCAAUGGUAUUUAAUUAUAGACUCAAUCCUGGUGGAUUGGUUGAUAAUCAACUUUUUUUGGUAAGGUUUUGCAGUAACCAAGUUCUCAUGUAUCAUUCUAACCAAUCUAACAUCAUUUAAUAUGCUUAUGAAAAAAAGUGAAGGGAAGUUGUUUUAGCAAGUUUUGCGAGAAUUAUUUCAACUUGAUGUUUAAGAAUGGUUUUACAGUACUACAUGAAGAUAGUAAUGCUAGUUUGUGGAAGGUCUAGGAAGUGAAUUAAGUUUAUCUUUUAUUUACACUAAAGUGUAAAAGUUUAAUUAAUGUAAAUAUUUACUAUUAAAUGCUAAGUAAUGGUGUAUGGAAUGUCCUGAUGGUUCUUCAUGUGAACUGGACUUUACGACAUAUGAUCACACUAAUUUUGGUUAAUUUACCGUUAUGUAUGUGGCCAGUGCUAAAUGAGGAUAACGGUGCUGCACUACUGUAAUACUUGUUUUGUUAUGGAUGAAUUCACAGUAUGGAAAUCGUGUAGUUGUUCAGACCCCUUAUUUAAUAAUUGUUUAAAAGGGAAAAUACCUGCUCAGCUGUGUGCUUUAUGUCUAUGCUCAGUGACUCAAAUGCUUAAACCUUAAUGCAUAUAAAAAUGUAUUGUGUGAAAAUAAUGAACUUUGUUACA